UAUUUUCCAUUUCACAUUAUUACAUUUUCAAUUCUCACAGGGAUUUUCACUUGUGUCUAGAGAAAAGAGUGUGUGUGUGUGUGAGAGAGAGAGAGAGAGAUUUCCUUCUUCCUUCCAUCUUCUUCUUCCCUCUUCUUCUACUCCAUCAUCACAAGUGAGGUGUGGUCCACUGGUUUGGACGGCUUACAUCACCUUCUUCCCCUACUACUCUCUCAGCUCCCUCCACGUACAAUAGAUAAGGGAGAGACCUCUUGAUUUAGAGGAUCGCUAUCAAACUCUUCAUCGUAGAAAUCUAUAUAUCCAUGUGAUCGUGAUCGUGAUCGUGAUCGCUUCAAGGAACAAGGAAUGGCAGAAGCAGUUGUAUCCGGCAUUCUUCAACUAGUUAUUGAAAAACUAGCAUCGCCAAUCCUAGAAAAGUGUGAACUGUUCUGGGGUUUUCACAAGGAGAUGGAAAAUCUAAGAAGCAGGUUAUCAACGAUACAAGCACUGCUUGAAGAUGCGGAGGAGCAGCCAGUAAAGAGCAAGGCGUUACAGAAUUGGCUGGGAAAGCUUAAAGAUGUGGUUUAUGAUGCAGAUGACAUAUUGGAUGAGUUCACAAUCGAAGCAGAAGCAAAAGUGGAAGCUAAACGCAGAAAAGCGCAGAUUCGGGAUUGCAUUAUGAAGGUACGCACCUUCUUUUCGGCAUCGAACCCACUGGUGUCCCGUUCAAAUAUGGCAGAUAAGAUAAAGGAGAUAGGGCAGAGAUUAGAUGCGAUUGCUGAAGAGAGGUCUCAAUUCCAUUUGAAAGAGGGAGAACGGGUGUUGGAUAUUAGAGGCCGAGAACCAACUGACUCGUUUGUAAUCGAAUCAGAUGUUUAUGGAAGGGAGGAAGAUAAAAAAAAGGUAAUGGAAUUACUGAUUAGCAAUGAUAACGGAGAGGAUGUUACAGUCAUCCCCAUAGUCGGUAUGGGGGGCCUUGGGAAGACCACACUCGCUCAAUUAGCUUACAGUGACAUGAGGGUAGCAACGCAUUUUGUACUAAGAAUGUGGGUUUGUGUGUCGGACGAUUUCAGUGUGAGUAGGGUAACAAAAGAUAUCAUCGAGUCAGCAAAUGACGGCAAAUGUAAUCUUCAAAACAUGGAUCAACUGCAGCGUCACCUCUGAGAACUGCUGAGGGGGAAGAAGUUUUUACUUGUGUUGGAUGAUGUCUGGGAAGAAAAUCCCGAGAACUGGGAUCGGUUGAAACAAUUUCUCAGAGAAGGUGCGAGGGGCAGUAAAAUUAUAGUAACUACCCGUAAUGACAAAGUUGCUUCAUUCAUGGGCACUCUCCCUCCGUACUCUUUGCAGAAAUUAUCAGAAGAUGAUUGUUGGUCUCUGUUCAAGCAGCGGGCAUUUGGGCAUGGAAGACAAGAACAUCCAAACCUUAUAAUGCUCGGAAAGGAAAUUGUGAAGAAGUGUGGGGGCGUCCCUUUGGCGGCAAAGGCCCUCGGAAGCUUGAUGCACUUCAAAACAGAGGAAAGAGAGUGGUUGUUUGUUAAAGAAAGUGACAUUUGGAAUCUAGCUGAAGAAGAUAAUCACAUUUUAACUGCUUUGAGGUUGAGUUAUUAUCAUCUUCCACCACAUUUGAAGCAAUGCUUUGCAUACUGCUCAAUAUUUCCAAAAGAUUAUCAAAUCAAGAAGGAGAAGCUAAUCCGACUAUGGAUGGCAGAAGGUUUUAUUAAAUCAUCAGGCAGAAGUCAACAAAUAGAAGACGUCGGUGGAGAGUAUUUCAAUAAUCUAUUAUGUCGGUCCUUCUUUCAAGAUGUUCACAAAAAUGAAGAUGGGAAUAUCGUAUGGUGCAAGAUGCAUGACCUUCGUGCAUGAUCUUGCAUGCUCUGUUGCUGGGAAUGAAUGCUCGAUUGUACAGGAAAAGAAUGCGGUACUGAGUAUCCCUAACAGAUCUCGUCGUUUGUUGUUGGAUUGCGGGGAUAACAUAUGUGUCCUAACAGACCCAGAGCCCUCAAGGACAGCAAACCAUUUGCGAACGCUGCUUGUGCUUGGAAGUCUGCAUUUAAGCAUUCCUCAUUAUGUUUUGGUACAUUUUAUGCUCUUACGCGUGCUAGAUUUAAACAAUGUGAUUGUCACCACGGAGAUGUUGGUUUCAAUCAGCAGGUUUAAGCACUUAAGAUACCUCGGGUUCUCUAUUCAUUUUAUAGAACCCCUUCCUGAAUCCAUUUGCACCCUUCACCAUUUGCAAACCUUGAGACUCUCGGGGUGUUGUUUUCUUGCAGAGUUACCCAGGGACAUGAGCAAAAUGACUAGCCUAAGACAUCUUGAAAUUGAUUUCUGUCAUCAAUUGACCCAUAUGCCAGCUAAUAUGGGAGAAUUAAAGUUCCUUCAGAACUUGCCAAUAUUCAUAGUUGGUAAGGAUAGUGGAUGUGGUAUAAGAGAGCUGCAAGGUCUAAAGCUUGGAGGAGAAUUGACUAUUCGAAACCUCCAGAAUGUGAUGUGUGCAGAAAAUGCCCAGGAAGCAAACUUGAAGGAUAAACCAAACCUUCAGAAGUUACACUUUUCAUGGGGUCGGGAUAUUGAUCUUCAGUUGGAAGGAAAUGUCGAGCAAACCCUUGAAGGUCUCCGACCACAUCAAAAUCUCAAAAGGUUGACUGUGGAAGAGUACAUGGGUGUCAGAUUUCCGCACUGGAUGAGCUCUUCAUUGCUUCCGAAUCUGAUUCAAGUUUCACUGAUUAAUUGCAGAAGAUGCGAACAGCUCCCCCCGCUCAGCCACUUACCAUUCCUGAAGGUUUUUGUGAUACGUGGAAUGGAUGCUGUGAAGUAUAUUGGAAAACAUUUCUAUGGCGGCAAUGAUGUCACAGAGUCAUUCCCAUCACUGAAACGACUCACCAUCUAAGAUAUGGCUAAUUUAGAGGAGUUGUCAGGAUCCAAUGGAAGAGUACUCCCCUACCUUAACCAAUUAACUGUUGGGGGAUGUCCAAAGUUAACAAUGCUUCCAUUCCUUCCAUCUCUAAAACGAUUGGAAUUGAGGGAUGGUAAUGAGAUGUUGUUAGGUUCAGUGGCAAACCUUUCCUCACUUUCCUCCCUUUGCAUUCGUGGUUUCAAGGAGCUAAGGUCUCUGCCAGAUGGGUUGUUUGAAAACCAUACCCAUCUCUCGAGCCUAA